GGCCGCAAAUCCACCUCGGGAAGUCUCGUGCCCUCCAAAACCCCAUCCGUCUGUUUCUACCCGUAGCCUCGCCGCCGACCCAGCGAGGGGAAGGAAAGGAGCACCGCGGAGGAGAAGGGUCCAGAAGGUUCGGGAAGGAGGAGGAUGGGCGAGUUCGACGACUACUGGGCGCGGGCGUACAGGGGCGACUCCGGGGUGCCGCACUCCGACCCACAGCGCCUCGUCUCCACCUGGACCGGCGCCUUCGCCCUCGGUGCCGCCGCCUGCGUCCACCACAACGCCUCCGCACUCGCCUCCCACCUCAAGUCCCUCCCCCAAAGCUGGCAAGAUAUGACAAUGAUGCUUGAUCAAAAGCACUGGAAGAAAAUUCUUGAGAAGAAGCAACAGCAAGCUUAAGUUCUAUUUCAACUCAUUGGGCCAGGCGGGUGAGCUUCUAUCCAGUCAUCAAUGGUGGUGCGGAAAGUUUUGGAGCUGUCUGUUUUUAUGCAUUGAGGUUCUACUUUUGGUUUUCCUGCAUGGUGUUAGAACUUGACCUGUGAAAACGAACGGAUUCUAUUAAAUUGCUCCUUAUUCCCGUUUUUACUCCAGCUCAGAUCUGAGAUGGCAUUUGCUGAAUGAUCUGUCCAUUCUUAAAAUCUUUAUGAUCUUUUGACAAUGAGACAUGUUAUCUAGUA